CUCAGUUGGAGGUUGGACCAGAUGACUUUCUGUGGUCCCUUGCAAGCUUACCCAUUCUGAAAUUCCACGAUUCUGUGACAUUAUAACACGGAUGAGUAAGAAACCUGGAAUGCUCAACACAGUAUGCUAUGAAUCGGCUGGAAUAAUGCAUUCACGCAAAACGCUCCUCGCCCCAGCCGGCGCGACCCAGAACAAUCCUGCUCCGCUCCACCUGCAGUGGUGGCCGCUCAACCAGCGCUCCUCGGCUGUAGUGGGCAGCAAGCUGGUAACAGCGCACCUGCCGUAGGCAGGGCCCCCACCAGCAGGCUCAGGGCCGUAAGUGGAGGGGGUGAAGCGCCGGGUGCGCCGGCACCUGCUCCGCCCCGGCACCGGCCGAGUGGGACGUGAGGCGACGCGUAUCACCAACCGCCUGCCCGCGAGGGCUGUGGGGAACCGCCAUUUUGCGGGGCGGCGAGCGGACCCGCCCGCCAGACCCUCCCCCCAUUUCAGGGACAGCCCCGCCGCCCUUCGCCUGGGACGGGCCCGACCCGACCGGGCUCCGCCCGCCGCCUGGCUGGUCUGAGCCCUGGCCGCGCCUUCCGCCCUUCGCCGCUCAGGUAUCAGGUGAAACUGGUCGGCAGUGCAGGCGAAGCGGUAGUGGCUGGCGCGCGGCGAGAGCAUGGCUGUCCGUCGCGGCUUGUGCCUGCUGCUGGUCUCUGCGAUGCUGGGGGCCGCCACCGCUGCAGAGAACAGUGGAGCCGGCAGUUCAAAAGGAAGAAGUUUCGCUGGUCAGAAAGUUACAAAUGCAAAUAAUUCUGAAGAGUCAUACAAAGUGGAUGAAUUUGCAGCAGAAGUCCUCAGGGGAAAGCUGACUACAGUUUUUCUUCCCAUUGUCUAUAUCUUUGUCUUUAUAGUUGGUUUGCCAAGCAAUGCUGUGGCCCUCUGGGUCUUUUUUUUCCGAACAAAGAAGAAACAUCCAGCCGUGAUUUAUAUGGUUAACUUGGCAUUGGCAGAUCUUCUUUUUAUUGUCUGGUUUCCACUGAAGAUUGCAUACCAUCUAAACGGCAAUAACUGGCUAUUUGGUGAAGGUCUCUGCAAAGUACUUGUUGGAUUUUUCUAUGGAAAUAUGUACUGUUCCAUUCUCUUUAUUACAUGUCUGGGUGUACAACGGUAUUGCGUUGUAGUGAACCCCAUGGCACAUUCAAAAAAGAAAGCAGAAAUUGCCUUGGGUGUCUCCAUUGCAAUCUGGAUACUGAUUUUGUUGGGCACCAUUCCAUUGUAUCUUGUUAAUCAGACGGUAUAUAUUUCAAAUCUUAACAUCACUACCUGCCAUGAUGUGUUGCCUUAUAAUGUUUUGGCUCAUGAUAUGUUCAGUUAUUUCCUCUCACUUGCAAUUGGAUUCUUCUUAAUCCCAGCUAUCGUCACUGCUGUCGCAUACAUACUAAUGAUUAAGACUCUGAGUGCCUCCGUCAUAGAAGAUGGGAAGAAACGAAUAAGAGCAAUCAAACUCAUUAUUGUUGUCCUGUCCAUGUAUCUCAUCUGUUUUACACCUAGCAAUGUGCUGAUUAUUGUGCACUAUUCGCUCCUCAAAGGCUACGGCCAGAGCUAUAUGUAUGCAUGGUACAUAAUUACGCUGUGCCUUUCCACUUUGAACAGUUGUAUUGACCCAUUUGUCUAUUAUUAUAUUUCAAAAGACUUUAGAGACAACCUUAAAUAUGCUCUUAUUUGCCGAACUGUACGAACAACACGGAGGAUGCAAGUGUCUCUCUCAUCAGGCAGAUACCCCAAGAAAUCAGAUUCUUACUCUUCAAACCUAAGUAGGACCAAUAAAUCAACCUACUGAGUUUAAUCUUAGAAAAGUGAACUUUUAAUAGUACUGAUGAAAGGAUGUGAGUCACAGUAGAAUUAUUUUGUACAAGAGAGUCUGAAGAAACGUUUCUGCAUUUUAAUUACAUUGAAGACUGGGGGGAAAAAAAGACAUUUCAGAUGCUUUGCGAAAAUGCUGCUGACCUAGAAGUGAAUUGUGGUUGAAGACAUUUUUGUUCAAUAUAAAAGUUUUUAAAAAGCAAAAUGUCUCUGGAAUGUUAUGUAGUGUUAUUAGUGUAUUUCAUUAACAGAUAAAUCUGUUUUGUUUAAUGUAUUAAGCAGCUGAACAGAUUCUGUUUGUAGGACCUUGCUCUGUGUACCUGCUUACACUGAAAAUCAUUUGAAGCUGUAGAGAGAAGAAAGAAGAGGAGAAUCCAUUUCACCAUCUUGGUGUAGACUGCUUAUUAUCUUUAGUAUAAUGUAAUUUUUAUAUUGUUUUCCAAGUUACAGUGCUGUAAAUACUAACAAUGCAGAACCUUAUAAUGUUACCCUAUUAAGUUGAUAAGCUGAACUGGUUAUCAGCUAGCACUGGGAUAAAAUGUUAGUUGAGAUUAUCCACUGUUACUUAACACUUGCCAGUACACAAUCUAAAUGGGGAUAUGUAGCAAAAUUUUGAUGAAUAGCAGUUUGAUUUUAUGUAAUAUGUCUUGUAUUUUUUAAGAUAUCUAAAUAAGAUUUUUUUAUAACACAUUUGAGUUGGAUGCUUUCUUUUAUUCUUUUACAUGCACUUCAGAAUGUUGAGUAGUUCAACUUGCCUGGCUUCAUGUAACAAAGAUAUUAUUCCUAACAGUGAAUUAGAAACAUGACAACUGUAACUGUAAUGUCUAAAUGGGUAAACUCGAAUUUACCUAAUGAUGCAUUUCUUUAGAGAGCCAUGAAAGUAGUAUGUUUUGUGAUGGUAUUUCAGAGGACUAAGCUAAAAUAGCAAUGUGUAUUAACAUAUGUCUCAUUGAGAAGCAGAGAGUUUACAGCUCUUAAGAUGACAUAGAACACAAAUGCUUCUUGGGCAUAAACAGUUUUCUCUUCCUGUUUCCUGACAAAUGCAAGGAAAUAACUGUGUAUUAUUGAACUGAAGGUAUUAUGCAGCAUCCUUACUGGAAGAUAACUACAU